AUGGAUUUCGAACUGGCUGGCAUGGAGGUCGACCACCGCAAACGGCGACGCAACCGGACUACGCAGUCAUGCUUGAACUGCCACACGUCGAAGAGGAAGUGCGACAGGAAGCGGCCCUGCCAGCGCUGCAUACAACUCGGCCUGACCGGACUGUGUGUCUACGAGGUCGACGACCCUGCACUCAGGGACGACCCGAACGUAGACGAAAACACGCGUCUGCGGAACAGGAUCGCCGAGCUCGAGAGCCUCGUCCGCGAACUUCGAGGCAAGCCCCAUCCGAAGUGGGCGGAGCCGAACUUCUGCGACGGGGACGUCACGGAGAAGUGGCAUUCGCGCUCGUCGCGCCGACUACAGUAUCAGAAGCUGCCGCGCGACCGCCACGACGACGGCGCGGGCCUCCAGGGGAGCAAUGGGCGAAUGCCACCGGCCAUCAAGACGGAGACGGACCCCCCUCAGCACCAACUCUACCGCUUCACACCCUCCCCUCCCACCUCCGCCGUCGACAACGCCACGGGCCAACCAUAUAACCUCUAUCGAGGUCAAGACGCCCAACAGCACGGACACACUGUCUAUUCUCCCACCGACGACUCGUCGUGCUACUCGUCCCCAUCAUCGGCAUCUGUCAUGACCUACAGCGAGGCGCGGCACGGGGUGUCAUCCAUGGGCCACGGCGGGGACCAGUAUUACCAGGAGCAAUACGUCCAGCACGCGUGCUCCUGCGUCACCAAUCCCGCGGCGGGGAACGCUCUGAUCGGGCUCACUAACCAGCUGCAAAACACGCUCGCGUUGCUUAGACAGCUGCCGGAGCACAAUUCCCGACAUACCUGCGUCAUCCUGAGACGAGUCGCGGAGCUGAAUGAUAUCAUGCAUGGGAGCAACGCGACGAAUAUGCCCGCGGCGCCGUCGUACGACGGGCUCUCGACGACGCCUGAGACGGAGCUCAGCAUGUCGCCGAUCUCGACGUCCAGCCAGUCGAGCGUGAGCGCGGCGUCGCUCCACGAGCAGUGGUCCAACACGAUGCCGCAGUCCGCCGGGUACGACACCUACUUCCCCGUCGCCACCACACAAGAGCAUGCUGUGUUCCAUAAAACGUAUCACAUCGGCAAUUAG